AUGGCUCUAGCCUGGAGAAAUGUGCGGAAAGCCUUCUACAUGGAGACCUCUCUCGGAAUCCUCCAUCUGUGUCCACCCUCGAGCUUAGGUGCUUCCUGGAUAUCUGUACCCAGGCUCACUCUUCAUACAAAGCCCAGCAUGCCAUCAUGUGACUUCUCACCUGAGAGAUACCAGUCCCUUCCCUACAGCCGUGUCCUGGAGAUUCAUAAGGAGAACCUUUCUCCUGUGCAAACGGCUUAUUUCCAGAAGCCUUUGCUGCUGCACCAGGGACACAUGGAGUGGCUCUUUGAUUCGGAGGGAAACAGAUACCUGGACUUCUUCUCUGGGAUUGUAACUGUUAGUGUUGGUCACUGCCACCCGAAGGUAACUGCGGUGGCACAAAAGCAGAUGGACCGCCUGUGGCAUACAAGCUCUGUCUUCUUCCACCCUUCGAUGCACGAAUAUGCAGACAAGCUUUCCGCACUUCUUCCCGAGCCUCUUAAGGUCAUUUUCCUGGUGAACAGUGGAUCGGAAGCCAAUGACCUGGCCAUGAUGAUGGCCAGAGCAUACUCAAACCACACAGACAUCAUUUCUUUCAGAGGAGCCUAUCAUGGAUGCAGUCCCUAUACACUUGGCUUGACAAAUGUAGGGAUCUACAAGACGCAACUCCCCAGUGGAAUGGGCUGCCAAUCAACAAUGUGCCCAGAUAUUUUCCGCGGUCCUUGGGGAGGAAGCUACUGUCGAGAUUCUCCAGUACAAACAGUUAGGAAAUGCAGCUGUUCUCCAGGUCCAAAUGGGCAGGGAGGAAGGGUAGAAUGCCACCCUCACAUCACAGACUGUGAUUUGUGUAUGUUUGCUGCAGACUGCUGCCAAGCUAAAGAACAGUAUAUCGAACAGUUCAAAGAAACCCUGAACACCUCCGUGGCCAAGUCAAUCGCUGGAUUUUUUGCAGAGCCAAUUCAAGGUGUGAAUGGUGUUGUCCAGUACCCGAAGGAGUUUCUGAAGGAAGCCUUUGCGUUGGUUCGAGAGAGGGGAGGUGUGUGCAUUGCAGAUGAAGUGCAGACAGGAUUUGGGAGGCUGGGCUCUCACUUCUGGGGCUUCCAAAGCCACGAUGUACUGCCUGAUAUUGUCACCAUGGCUAAAGGGAUUGGGAAUGGCUUCCCCAUGGCUGCAGUUGUGACCACUCCAGAAAUUGCUAAAUCUUUGGCUAAAUGCUUGCAUCACUUCAGCACAUUCGGAGGAAACCCCCUAGCCUGUGCCAUUGGAUCUGCUGUGCUUGAGGUGAUCAAAGAAGAAAAUCUACAGAAAAACAGUCAAGAAGUUGGUACCUACAUGUUACUCAAGUUUGCUAAGCUGCGGGAUGAAUUUGACAUCAUUGGGGAUGUCCGAGGCAAAGGCCUUAUGAUGGGCAUAGAGAUGGUUCAAGACAAGAUGAGUCGCCAGCCACUUCCUAAGACGGAAGUCAAUCAAAUCCAUGAGGACUGCAAAGACAUGGGGCUCCUAGUGGGGAGAGGUGGCAAUUUCUCUCAGACAUUCCGCAUUGCUCCCCCGAUGUGCAUCACCAAGCUGGAAGUGGACUUUGCAUUUGAAGUUUUUCGAGCAGCCUUAAUUCAACACAUGGAGAGAAGAGCUAAGUAA